UCUUGUCUCAAGUCUUGUUGUCUCCAGUCUUGUUGUCUCAAGUCUUGUUGUCUUCAGUCUUGUUGUCUUCAGUCUUGUUGUCUCAAGUCUUGUUGUCUUCAGUCUUGUUGUCUUCAGUCUUGUUGUCUUCAGUCUUGUCUCAAAUCCUGUUGUCUUGAGACUUGUGUUCUUGAGUCUUGUCUCCAGUCUUGUUGUCUCAAGUCUUGUUGUCUCAAGUCUUGUUGUCUUCAGUCUUGUUGUCUUCAGUCUUGUUGUCUUCAGUCUUGUUGUCUCAAGUCUUGUCUUAAGUCUUGUUGUUCUUGUUGUCUUCAGUCUUGUUGUCUUCAGUCUUGUUGUCUCCAGUCUUGUUGUCUUCAGUCUU